AUGUCUUUCCUUCAUGGAGUUCUUGAGACUGUGAAAGAUGAUGAUAACGUUACAACUUAUGAUAAUAAUCAUGAUAUUAACAAUGUUAUUCGCAUUUUACAUGAUAGUGUAGGUAAAGGCCGUGAGGCCUUCCCGGACGCCGUGUCUCAGGGCAAGGCAACUGGGAAUGUAAGUACUGAAUUAGGAUGGCUUAAGGAGCAUUUAUCAGGUAAGUACACUGAACAGAUUCAUAAUACGCAGGGACUUCAAGAGCAACUCAAGGAGUGGAAGACUACACUAACUCACAUAGAGAAACACGUUGAACAUAUAAAAAGUAAUGUUAAUAAAUUAGAUAAACCUUUGCACAGUAGCAUCACACGUAAAAUAGAACCACUUAGCGCGGCAGUGAAAUUUUUGCUUAACUCUGCAAAGAGCGUGGGCUUAGAGCAUCAGGUGCUUAAGGUGGACACUGAACUGCUGACCCAACGAGCAAACAUGGAAAAUGCUAUCAGAAUGGAGAGCGUGAAGGUCGAAGAUACUUUGAAGGCAAAUCGAAAGGAUUGGUAA